AUGGGUGUGGCUGACGGGGUGCCUGACGAACUCGACGAGCUUGUCGAGCUCGAUGUACUCGAUUUACUCGAGCUUGAUGAGCUCGACGAACUUGACGAACUCGUCGUACUUGAGCUCGACAACCUCGAUGUACUCGAGCUUGAUGUACUAGAGCUCGAUGUACUUGAGCUCGAUGUACUAAAGCUCGUCGAACUCGAUGUACUAGUUUCAGGCCGACUCGUCGUUGAAAUACCUGUCGCCGAGGUGCUUGCUGCUGCUGAGGCGGUAUGUGUUUCCGAGAAGCGGCUACUAGGACUGGUAACACUUUCCACACUUUGGAGGCUACCAGAUGAGCGAUUUGUGGUAUCCGUGCCGGAAGUUUUGAAGGUGCUCGUGCUAGGGGCGCUGGAGGUAAGCGUCGAUAUCAGACUUGGAAGGUCCGUUGAGCUCGACGGGCGUCCAGCUGAGGUAGUCGAGGAGGAACUGGACUGUGUGGUACUUCCGGGAGCUUCAGAGCUUGUCACAGAUGUCGACGAAGGAAUCGUCAAGCUGGAGGAGACAGUGCCUGGAGAAGUAGAGUAUGGCGUUGGAGAGAGAACUGGCUGCGAUGAGCUAGCCAACGCCGAACUGAAGCUGGAUGCAUCUUGCGACGAUACAACAGACUGA